AUGUCGUCGGACGAAUUGCCGAUUGAUGAUGGGGUUCAGUAUGGCCCAGAGCUACCCAGUAUUGGGCACAUACUGCGCUCGAUGCCAGCAAUUUACCGCCGAUUGUUGCGGGAAUACUAUGUGAAAAAGAUGAGGGGGUGUGUGCGCUGUCGCGUACACGUGACUGUGGAGAUCGAUUAUGAAGAGGGGGAGGUGGCCCCAGCCCCGGGCGAAUUUGAAGCGGAGCUCGGCGUCCCGGAGCCGGCUCCGCAGGCUGGGGCCGCGACCGAUGAAGCGGCUGUGGCGGGUGCCGCUGAGGUUGCCGAGAUUGCGGCCGAGGAAGCGCCAGUGGCGGAUGGCGCUGAGGCCGCCAUGGAGGAAGAGGGAGCGGCCGAGGAAGCGCCAGUGGCGGAUGGCGCUGAGGCCGCGGUCGAGGAAGCGGCCGUGGAAGAA